AUGUCUUCACGAGCACUCGCUACCGUCUGUCACAUCCAAUUAUACAUCCAUGAUCAGACAGCUAAAACCCAUCCAGAAGGAAACCCGCUCGCUAUAAUCCGCGUCCCAUCAACCUCCAAACUCACCCAAAACCAAAAACAAGCCAUAGCCGCAGAAUUCAAUCUCUCAGAGACAGUAUUCCUGCACCUCACCUCCGAUGACUCUAACCAAACAACCAGCCGUACCAUCGACAUCUUCACACCUAACGCCGAACUCCCAUUUGCCGGCCACCCAACCAUCGGCACCAUAUUCUACCUCCUCAAAACCGGCGGAGAAGGUAGUAAUUCAAACAUUGACACCAUCACCACCAAAGCGGGACCAAUCCCCAUCUCCCUCUUUGGAGACAACAAAGUCAGGGCCGUGAUCCCCCAGACUUUCCAUAGACAUGCAAAGACUUUCACCAGUAAGUUCACUGGGGACGUAGGACAUCCUAUGUGUAGUAUCGUGAAAGGCAUGACGUUCAUAUACGUGCAACUCCCCGAUCUCGAAACGCUCGGGAAAGUAGAUCUCCAGACCGGAAACGUGGUAGGCGACACCUACGCGUCCGCCGAAACCAUGGACGAGGGCUGGAAAGUCGGGCUCGUGGGGACCAUGUACUACGUACCCGUGAACACGCCCGGGAAGGGCGAGCAGAGGCACUAUCGAACACGAAUGAUUUUCACGCGCGAGGAUCCUGGGACCGGGUCGGCGAGUUGUGGGUUGGCUGCGUAUCUUGCGAAGGAGGUGGUGGGUGGGGGGGAGGGGAGGGAGAGCUUUGUGUUUGAGCAGGGCGUGGAGAUGGGGAGGAGGAAUGAGAUUACGGUUGAGGUUGAGAUUAAGGGGGGUGAGGUUGAGGGCGUUUGGUUGAGUGGGGAGGCGGCUGUGGUUAUGGAGGGGACGGUUCAGGUUUAA